CCUUUCCUUUUGCUCAAAAAGCCGUGUCCGUGAGGUUAGAGUGUUGCGAAUAUUUUAGGUGCAAAGAGACCAUUUCACACCUUGAAUAGGACGUAAAGUUAAUAAACAACUCUAGCUACAGCUAAACGUUGCAAGGUGUACAACUUUUUGUGAAUCGUGCAAACUUUGUUCGGAGCCAUUAUUCGGCCGAAAUCCAAAUCGGUCCCAUUGCACUUGUCAUCGUCGUCGCGUUGUGCUGCUGAUCGUUGUGUAGCGAAACAACACAGCACCACCACACCACACCACGCACAACUACCUAUUUGAUCUAGUUUGGUUGGAUCCAGCGAUAGUCCACUAAACACACUACACAUCUCGUGUACACAGUGUAAAACCCAGUCUGCUUAGACGGUUUUGAUUUUGUGCAAAUUUAGUGACCCUCCAUCAUGCAGCUGCUUUCUGGAUUAGUGAAGACAACUGUGCCAAACUAUCUAUCGGGUUUGCCAAUUCCGGACAGUUUCGGCGGAUGGUUCCGACUGGGCUUUAAGGAUUGGCUCUCGUUGGUUCCACCGACGGCAGCCAUGGCCGGAGUCGUUUAUAUGUCAUAUUUAGCCUUCUGCCCGGAAGCUCGUCCGAGACCGUCAAAGAAGGCGAAUAGCAAGAUUCGACUGGAAGAACCCAAAGUCGUGGACAUGAUCGAUAUUGAAGACAUUGCCGAAAAAGCCGCUUUUUGCCGAUGCUGGAAAUCCAACAAUUGGCCGUACUGCGAUGGAUCACAUGGUGCUCACAAUAAGGAAUGCGGCGACAACCUCGGUCCAGUUGUCGUUCAGCGAAAGAAGAACUAAAAUACAGCAAUACUUUAAUCAACCAUCCAUUGCACCAUAUAUAGCGGAAAUGGUCAGUGAUUUCGCCUAUACCAGAGUUGUUUGCACACCAAAUUCAACGGUAACGGUAACAUUCUAAAACUUAUUGGAAACGUGCUAUUUCUGUCCCCUGUUGUGAUUUCCCUUCAAAAUGAAUAUAUGUAGAAGAGAGGUGCAUUUGAGUAGAAGAUUGAUGAAAUCAAUUUUAGCUACUACUGCAACAGACCACUUUACUGCAUCUAGAGCUUACUUUAAACAACUUAUGUAAACUUGUUAGCUGCAAGUUAAUCGUGUUUCAUACGUUAAUAUAAAGUAGGUGUAUCAGAUAGUUUGAAACUGUAUGUUGUUUUUAACAUUUCACAGCAUUUUUCUUAAAACAAAAACAAAAUUAUUCCAUUGGGAUGUUUUCUUUUCAAUAAAAAGUCUUGUUCUCA